UCGCUGUGGGGGGUGUGGUUGCUGCUCUCGUACUGCUGCGGCUGUGGCUGGUGCUAUGCUCCCGAAAACAGGGGCUACAGACUGUGUCCGUCAGCGUGCUGGUGGUGGCGGGGGUCCGGCGGGCACACCACAGAAAUUCUGAGACUGCUUGGUAGCUUGUCCAAACACUAUAAUCCAAGACAUUAUGUCCUUGCUGAUACCGACAAGAUGAGUGCUGUUAAAAUCCGUUUGUUUGAAGAGAAGAGAGCUGAGAGAGACUCUGAAUCCUUGUACACUACUCAUCACAUUCCAAGGAGUCGGGAGGUCCAGCAGUCUUGGAGCUCUUCAGUGUUUACAACCUUGUAUGCUAUGUGUUACUCCCUUCCUCUGACUUUUCGACUCAAGCCAGACUUGGUAUUGUGUAAUGGACCAGGAACAUGUAUUCCUAUCUGUGCAUCUGCCCUUCUUCUUGGGAUACUAGGAAUAAAGAAAGUGAUCAUUGUCUACGUUGAAAGCAUCUGCAGAGUGGAAACCUUAUCCCUUUCCGGAAAGAUUCUUUACCACUUUUCAGAUUACUUCUUUGUUCAGUGGCCAACCCUUAAGGGAAAAUAUCCCAAAUCUGUGUACCUUGGGCGAAUAGUUUGACAGAGGACAAAUGGUGUUUUCAGAUUUCUGCAGUCAAUUAUGGUAUUUUUCAUACUAGAUAAGAAAAGAAUUGUCAAUACAGACUUUCUAAAACAUUAAGAAAAUGACUAGCCUUUGUAAGGCAAAUAUAUGAUGAAUAAACUGAGCAACCUAUUCAGUUAAGCAAGGAAAUAAAUUGGAAAACAAUAUCAUGAAAUAC